UGAAAUUGUGCUGCUGUCACCACCAGAGCAGGAAGAAACCAAAACUUACAUAGACAUUACCAGAAGAGGGGGGAGAUGAUACUAAAAAAGCAAUUAACAUGUUAAAGCAAAGUAUCUUCCUUUUCUAGUCCCACUCUCAGAGUCAUUACCGCCUCUGAAAUCCCCCCCUUCAUCUCAAUAAUGAUAUUCAAAACCCUCCUGCCUCACAUUGUCAUGCUAAGUGAACUUGCUGCACACUGUCAUGUUCUUUCAGGCAAGCUUGCCCCCACCUGUCCUAUCAGACACCUGUUGCACACCCCUUAGCCAAUCAGAGGCGAGGCAGAAGAACUCCUCUUCACAAUAUAAGUUUGGGCCCUGUGCAGAGGGAAUCACUCCACUUGACUCGUCGGCGUGUAAUUCUGUCUCCCUGACUGACACAGAGGAAGAAGCACAUAAAGGUUGAACUUAAAAGGAGCCUGUUCUGACAGAUCUGGACGGGAGACAUGACCAAAGAGACUGAGACUCUUGGAUUGGUCUUUCAAAGCGAGAACUUUAGCUUCAACCCCUAUAUAAUGGACGCCUGGUCCUACCUGGACAACUCUGGAACUGAUCCCAGUUUCUCCAAAACCAAACUUCAUCCGGGGGACAACCUGGCAGCCCUAACAAUGCUUCAAGAGCACUGCAGGAACCAGAAAGAGCAGAAAACUGCAGCGUUCAACCGCAAUGUCUGCAAGCCAAUAGAGAGCAAUCUAGCAAAUGCAAACGAGCUCCUGUCCACGUCCCAUGCUCAAGAAGUCCUGACCCCCAAGCAGAUCACUUCCCUCCCCAUAUCUGCUCCUGCUACCUCAGACACCUACGCCACACUGACCAGCGUUGUGACCGACAACUACGACAAACAAGAGCUCAACAUCAUCUUUGACUCUUUGCUGCAGAAGUGGCCAGAAACUGGGUCUUUUUCUGAUCCGAGUGCUGAGCCUCUUCCCUACAGCAAUCCCUUUCCCGGUAACAACGCCAGCCCCGUCUACUCGAACUCUUACACCAGCUCCCCGGCAGAAAGAUUCAGGAAUGAGUUUCAGUUUACGCUCGGAUCUCCUGCAGCUUCUCUUCACAAGGCCGGGGAGCUUCCGAUGGUGUACCUGAACAAAGGCCAGUUCUACCCCAUCACUCUGCAGGGAGUGGACAACAACUCCGGCCUCACAGCCACCAAAGUCAAGACUGUGGUGAUGGCUGUGUUUGAGAACGACAAAAGCCCAGAAAUGCAGCUCCGCUUCUGGAAUCACUGGCACGCACGCCAACCAACCGUCAAGCAGAGGGUCAUUGACAUCGCCGACUACAAAGAAGUGUUCAGCGGCAUCAGCAACAUCGAAGAGGUGGCCUUCAACGCGCUGUCGUUCGUGUGGAACCCCAACGAGGAAGCCAAGAUAUACAUUGGAAUCAACUCCCUCAGCACAGACUUCUCCUCUCAGAAAGGAGUGAAAGGUCUGCCUCUAAACCUUCAGAUCGACACCUAUGACUUCAGUUCAGGAGCCAACCAGCUGAUCCACAGAGCUGCCUGUCAGGUCAAGAUUUUCUGUGAUAAGGGUGCAGAGAGGAAGAUGCGAGAUGAGGAGAAGAAGAGAUCCAAGAGGAGGGGAAAGAAUGUCAACGAUGCAAACACUUCCAAAUUGUUAGUGAGCAGCUCAGUGGGGAACGAGUGCACCUUCUUCAAGACCCUAGAAGACCACGUCACCCAGCCAGUUCUCUUCAUUCCCGAGACACACCUCUCCAGCUUGCAGCGCAUCGUCACGCCCAUGGAUGACAUUGACAGGAGUUCUCUGAAGAGGAUGUACCCAGACAGAGAGCAGAGCAACUCCCCACCCAACAAACAGGCACGAAAAGACGACUCACAACGAGUUUUGAUCUACGUGAGGACGGGUGCAGAGGAGGUGUUUGACGCUCUCAUGCUCAGCUCACCCACAGUCUACGGCCUUCGAGAAGCCAUUUCAGAGAAGUACAGCAUGCAAAGAGACACCAUUGGGAAAAUCUACAAGAAAUGCAAGAGAGGGAUCUUCGUAAACAUGGACGACAACAUCAUCGAACACUACACCAACCAGCUGGCUUUUCAAAUCGAGAUCUCCGAGGUCAGCGGGCAGUUCCAAGUCACCCUCGUUGAAGUAUAAAGCCAAUUCUUCUGAAGGAUCAAGCGCGCAGCUGCCUGUCACGAUCAUCAGCAGAAGCACUGCCCUCUCAGGGACUAUCACAGCUGCCAAAACCAGGAAGGGAACUGGGCUGAACAGAUAUCUUUGAAUUUAGAAAAAAACAUGUUAAUAUUUUGCAUCUAAUUAAGCCCAUUUGUUUUGUUAUUUGAAUUUAAUAUUUUAUUACAAGCAAUUAUAAUGACACAACUGUAUAUACUGUAAAUAGAUUUUAAUAUGACAGUGUUUUAUGAUCUAACAAUCUCUUUUUCUACAAAUUAUUAUGAAUUUCAACAUUUUUUAACAGCUCUUUCCAUUAUUUGUGUGGAGAGCUUGCAGUUUUUUUUAGAAUAUAAUUCUUGCUGCUUUCAAUGUACUCAUCAUUUCUCCUACCAACCCAUUCUUGUUUUUCACCACACCAAGAGUAACCUCCUGUUUGUUUCAUGACUAAGAGUGCCCCCACACCAGGCUGCAUUCAGAAACCUGUAAAGUCAUACAUUUCCACCGAUUAAACCACAUAUGAAUUAGUAUUGGCCAUUUCGCCCCAAAGCUUUGGACAUUUCCAGGCCCUGCCAGAAGACCUCCAGAGUAUGCAUGUGCACGUGUGUGGGAAAAAAGAAAAAAAAAACAACCAGGAUUUCAGCUCCUUUUUAAAAAAAAUCAGUGUAUCAUUUCAAAGCAAAGACGUAUCCGUGUUAUAUUUCAUUUUUAUGCCAUUUGCUGUACCGCUAAUGUUGGUCACACAAAUGUCCCCUUUUUUAUGAAAAAUAAAAACCAGUAAUGAA